CCAGGAAUCAAUGUGAGUGUUACGAGCAACCAGGCGGCACAGUGAAACCGCUGCUGACAGCGUUCAAGAGACCUGGAGAUCAAUCAGCCGCAAUUGUCUUUAGCAGACCUCUCAUUGCUUCAGAAGUUGGUGAUUGAGGUAAUUGCAUGCUGUUAUAAGUGACGGAAACAUUAUCUCUACGAAGGUGAUGGGUGGGAAGCAGUCCCGCAGCCUGUCCAACUCAGAGUUGAAUGAGGUGAGUGUGGGCCAAAGGAGGAAGGGUACAAUGAGAGACGAGCAGCCCAGCCUGUCCUGGGCAGCGGAGAGGAUCCGUAAACAAACCAGCGUCCACUUUGGUUUCAGUACUUUGAGUUUUGCCAUGCGGGGGUUGGAUGAAACCCCUGCUGAGCUGUGGGAGCUCCAGGACCUUCAGAAACUCAACUUGUCCAUGAACUGUCUGUGCUCCUUGCCUCCCGCUCUGGGUUCUCUGGACAAUCUGGUGAUUCUCAACUUGUUGGGAAACAACCUGUCCAGCCUCCCCCCUGAGAUCGGCCUGCUGAAGAAACUUCGCGUGCUGUUCGCCUGUCGCAACCGCCUGAGUGAGGUCCCUGAGGAGCUGGGCUCCUGCACAUGCCUGGAGGUGCUGAGCUUGGCCAACAACCAGAUCUCCAGCCUCCCCAGCAGCUUGGCUGCCAUGCAUCAUCUGACCAAACUCAACCUCAGUCACAACCGCAUUGUUCACAUCCCCACCUGCGUCUACAGCAUGAAAGGACUGGUCUUCCUGCACUUGGCCUGCAACCGCUUGGAGACCAUAGCAGAUCAGAUUCAAGACCUGGUUAACCUGAAGAUCCUGAUCGUGGAGGGAAACAGCAUACACACUCUUCCAAAGACUUUGUGUUUCUUGGAUUCAUUGGAGCUUCUGAAUGUGGACUUUAAUGAGCUGCAAAAUGUGCCUGAUGAGAUGUACCAGCUGAGCAGACUCAGGCGGUUAGCCUGCCACCCACUGGAUAAAGGACUUCAUAUAAUUCACAACCCGCUCCUCAAGCCUAUCCAUGAGGUGCUGCAAGGUGGACUCAGUGCUCUGUAUAACUACCUCAAGCCCACUUAAACAAGCACCACUGUUUGUGUGUGUUAGUGUGUAUGCUGUUUGAUGAUUCCUCGGCACCCUGCAGGCCUUGCACCAUUUGACCAAACUCACUCUGAUGUUUUUACAGCAAUGGUCUCAAACCCCAGUCCUGAAGAGCAUGUCUCCUGCAACUUUUAGAUGUGUCUCUGCUUCAGCACAUCUGGCUUCAACAUUAACUCAUUAGCAGAACUCAGUGGAGGCUAGUGAAACAGUUUAGUCAUUUUAUUCAAGCGUGUAGGACAUUUAUGCAGGACUCUGGCCCUCAAGGAUUGCCGUUUGGUCUACAGCAUGAUAGACCUGGUCUUCUUACACUUGGAAGCAAUGGCUUCCAAAUGAUUGCAACCCAUUGCUAAUCAGAUUCAGGGCCUGGUUAAUCUGAACAUUUUGAUCAUAGAGAGGAAUAUUACAUGCACACAUAAAGAUUCUGUGUUUCUUGGAGUGUUCAGGGCUCCGUAAUGCAACAACUGAGCAGACUCAAUGAGCUGGCAUGCCUUCCAAUGAAUAUUUGCCAUUAAUCAUACUGGAUUUAAUAUUAUUUAGAACUAGUGGUGGUUUUUAAUAAGGAGGAUAUGGCUCUCCACCCAGGGUGGCAUAGCCUGAGGAUCCCCAUUAGCACUUAAAUACAUGACAUUUCUAGUUAAUGAGGUUCAGGACACUCUGGUAAAUAUGGCUGAUAAAUGAUGCUACAGUUGCUAUCUGAGCUGGAGCUUCCAGGUUGACCCUAAUUUUAAGUGGUGUAUCUCAGUUUUUGUUUUUUUGUUGUUUUCUUUUAAUUAGGGCUGGAAAAAUUGGUCCUUCUGAAUAUGAAAUUGGUUUUGUGAAGCACAAGACUAAUAUUGAACACAUCAAUAUAUUUCUGAUAAAUCACAUAUGAGAAAAGGAUUUGGUGUUGUGGUACAAAAAUAUUGGGAUGGAUUUAUGAAAGAGUUCACCGAUGUAAUAUAACUCUUCUAUUAAGCUUGUCCAGGAAGCAAUGCAAGGUUAAAUAAGUGCUCUCUAUGGUUACCUUAAGCCCAAACGAGGAACUGUUAUCAUGUGCUUGCAAAUUUGUGUAUUCAAAGCAUGACUAUUAUGCUCUAAGUCUAAUAUUGUUUAAAAUUGUCCACUUUAUUACUAUGACUCUUUACAGAGUCAUAGUAAAGACUCUUUACUAUGACUUUCAGGUUUCUUUCAGGGAACCUGGAAAGAAAAGUCUGACUAUGACUCUCUACAGAGUCAUAGUCUACUGAAUUUUAUUUGAAUAGCAUUAUAGUUCUUCGAACUUGCAAAUCCAGUUUUUUUAUGCAAUGGGGUCGAGAUCAGCUGGUGUUAAAAAUUCACAAUGUUUUAACACCAUUUGGGCGCUGAUUGCUCACCGGCUGAUCCUGGUGUUCCAGUGUGAGUCUGACAGGGGUAAGUUUAACUACCGAGCAACUCUCCUCAUUGUAUUCAGGUCACAGGGAUCAGCUGUGUAAAGUCAGUGGAAAGAACAGCACAGCAGGGCAGGGGGUGUUGAAGAUUCCUCAACAGAUUAAAAGGAAACA